AUGAGGUACUUCUCCACUUCGCUCGCGCUUGCAGCGCUCGUUGUCAGCACCACGAUGGUGUCGGCGUCCAGCCUUGAGAGCUCCAAUGUCGUUCGCCGACACAUCCACAAGCAUCACGCUCACGGUACCUGCUCCUCGUCUCACCACUCCAAAGAUCAUAAGGCCAAGCAGGUCGAGACAAACUUGAAGUCGCCUGCCAGUUCUGGAUCGAGCUCUACAUCCAGCUCCAAGUCUCAGUCUGAUUCUUCAUCCGACGACUCUUCUGCCGCUUCUUCAUCUUCAUCUUCAUCUUCUUCUUCUUCGUCGUCGAGCAGCAGCUCGGCUCACGGAAAGACUUCGGGUGGAAAGAUGGGUCUUUGCUGGGCCAACUCUAACGGUAUGCCCAUCAACAAUUUUGACUUUGGCUCGGUUUCUUGGUUCUACUCCUGGGAUUCCACCCCUGGUUGGGACAACGCUCCUGUGGACAAGCUCAUGUACUGCCCCAUGCUUUGGGGUCAGAGGAACGUCGAAUCGUUCAAGAAGAAUGUUCUCAACAAUCCUGAUUCCAAGUUCAACCAGCACAAGUGUGCCAUGGCGAUGAACGAGGUGAAUCAGAAGGGCCAAUCCGACAUCAGCCCGCAGGACGGAUGCAAGCUGAUCGAGGAAUACCUUUUGCCACUCAAGGAGAAGGGAUGGUACCUCAUGGGUCCUUCAACCACCAACGCGCCCGACGGUAAAACGUGGUACCAGAACUUCCAAAAAACUUGCCCCGACACAUUCAACAAGCUUGACUCGAUCGCCAUUCACUACUACGGAACUUCGAGCGACGACUUCAAACAAUACCUUCAGGAUUGGUACAAGACCUUUGGUAAAGACAUUUGGGUUACCGAGUUCUCUUGCCAAGAUUUCUCGUCCGAGUCCAACCAGUGCGAUAAAAGCAAGACCGAUGCCUUCGCGAACGAAAUGGCCACCUACAUGAAUGGUCAAGAUUGGAUCAAAGGUUGGGCUCCAUUUGCAGUUAUUCAGAACUUGCAGGGCGUCAGCGAGACGCAGCGUCUGAGCAAUGGCAACAACCCGACUUCGCUUUUCAGAUCUUACGCCUACGCAAACUAG